CGUUGUAGCUGACUGACUGACUGCAUCUGGAGGUACAAUCUAACCGUAUCUAAACUCAUGACUUUCCUGUUUAUGUACGUUAUUCAAACAUUAAGCCUAGAUGUACUUGUUUUAAGUCAAAUAAGUUACGGCAUUUAUCUAGUCACUUUUGGGACCUGGAUAUCCGUAGUAAGUGGUGACGAAAUGCAGUUCGCAUCUGACUUCUCUGGACCUGAUCCACAGAUAGAAAUCCAAUAUUAGGUAUUUUUGUCGUGUGCUCAAUUAGACGAUUUGCUAACACUCAAAAAGCGAGAAAACUUUUGGCAGAAUUCUCUUUUCUUUCAUCUAAAGUGUAACAAAUGAGGAUGUAAUUGGAGAUUAUGACCAAACUAUGAUGUUUAUUCUUACACUAAUGUUUUGUCAGUUAACCCAAUAGGACAGCACGCUAACAACUUUACCCCUGGAAUUGAGUCAACGAGUUUCCGUUUCGCUGUUGAACUCGUUGUUAUACAUACAUCUGAUGUUCUACGGGUUGCUGUAGGUCUUCAGGUAUGUGAAUAGCUAAUCUCAGUUUCUGAGGUGAGAUCAAAUAAAUAGCCAUACCUGGAUUUAUAUACAAAUUUAAAAUACAGCGUAAAUGCAUUGGAUUAUAUAGUUUCAACCCAUGAUCCCUGUUGUUUGGCUGCACAUAUGGUUCAAACACUGAGCACAGCAUGUUGACUGUCACCCGGUUUUAGAAAACUCAGAGUAACAUAUUUUUCUGCUCGAGUCGUUUUAUUUUUAAACGGAGGGUAUAGUUGCAAGAUAGUUGCUAGAGGCAGUCGACAGAAAACCCUAAACCUAGGUUUUAUGCCAUUGGGCACUCGUUAACAAGGUGUACAUGUAAAUUUAAGGUAACUUACGCUACUGGCAGAUCCGAUCCCGUGUUACCCAGCCAUGCAGUCACAUAAGCUAUGGUUUUUUACUAAUCGCCUUAAAUUUCUUAUCCGGUGACAGGGUUUAACGACUUCAAGCCAGUUUAGCGUGACAGAACGCAUUAGGUGAAGUAUGUGGUUAUUAGAUUAAGGGAGUGUCCAGUAAGUGAACUUUCAUUUUAUUCAUUAUUUUUGUUGUUAUGAAUGUAUGAGAUAUAACAGUGACUCGGUACUCAAACUGAAUCACAUGAGUUUCAUGGAAGACCACCUGUCAGCCUCGAAGUAGAGGAUGUAUCAACUACACUCUUAAGAUAUCCCCGUACUCCUGGCUAUUCAUCUAAACCGUUUAUAAAUGGAUUUUCAUCAACAUAUUGUCAUGCUUUGUUUAGUAUGAUCGUUAAUCAUUCAAAGUGGUUUCAAGUCAUUUGUCUUUUCAAUGAAAUCUUUUUUUUGCAUAUAAUUCCGUCUCUGUACUGAAACAUUAAAUUUUAAAUAAUACACAAGAAAAUGUCCGGGCCGCUCCAUAUAGAUUUUAGUCAGAUAAUCGUACUAAUUAAUGGUGAUAACCAGAUAUUUUAUACAACUCUUUUCUGUUAUGUUCCUAGAUAUAGGUUAUGGUCAUCAAGAAGAAAAUAUCAUUGAAGAUUAUUGUAAUCGGAGAUAGUGGUGUUGGGAAAACGUCUUUGAUAACCCAAUACAUCGAUAAGAAGUUCAGUAAUCAGUACAAAGCUACAAUCGGUGCAGACUUUUUUACAAAACAAGAGGUUUUUGAUGACCGUCUUGUAACAAUGCAGAUUUGGGAUACUGCUGGCCAGGAAAGGUUCCAGUCUCUCGGAGUUGCGUUUUAUCGUGGUGCUGAUUGUUGCGUCCUCGUCUAUGAUGUUACUAUGACAAGUACCUUUAAAACAUUAGAUUCGUGGAGAGAUGAAUUUUUGGUGCAAUCAAGCCCUCGUAAUCCCGAAAAGUUUCCAUUUAUUGUUAUUGGGAAUAAAUGUGAUUUAGAUAAUAGAGCUGUAUCUGAAAAUCGUGCAAAACAAUGGUGUCAGGCAAAUGGUAAUCUUCCAUAUUUUGAAUGUAGUGCUAAAGAAAAUACAAAUGUUGAGAAAGCUUUUGCUCAUAUUAUAAGAGUCGCCAUAGACGAAGAGUCUGCGACAAAUCUACACUCUGACUAUCCUGAUAGUAUUCGUUUGGGAACUGAAGAACAAGAAAAUCAAGACAGAUGCAGAUGUUAAGGUCAUUCUUUUAUUGUUUCUUUUUCUCAUAAACAUCAUCAACAUUAUGAUUCCUCAUCAGUUGCAAAAAUCUAAUACUACUACUACUACUCUGUGCGAUAAUUACAUUGUUUCUUCUAAUUCACAUUUUAUAGCUUAAUAAAUGGAACUUAUUGAUAAUUGGUUAUUCAUUAUCCAAACAUUCAUUCUUAUACAUAAUUUUAUUGUUGAAAUAUAUAUAACGAAUAGUCAAUUCUAAUGAUUAGUUUUUAACUAUGCAUAUUGUUGUAAUUUUUCUCAUUUAUAUGUUUUGAUUGUUCAGCAUAUUAUAUGUUGAAAAGAUUUGUGACAAUUGUUUUGUUUUUCAAACUCAUUUUACCUUUCUAUUUAAUAUAAAAUAGUUUCUAUAGAAUCCCAAUUCUAUGAUGUUUGUUUUUUUGUUUGGUUUUGUUUUCAUUGUUUAACAAUUCUAUCAUGAUUUAUACGAAACAAAGAUAAGUAUUUAUUCUUGAAUGAAUCUACAUACCAAAUAAAUUAAAAUUACUGAUUUGGCUUGUUAUUGAUCAUCUUUAUUGGUUGAAAAAAUUCGUUAUAAAUACUACUGUCAUUUUUUAAUGUUAUUACGUUGUUUUGUUGAUUUCAUAUAAUUAAUGUGUAUAUAAAGAUCUAAUUAUAUAACCUACUUCAUGUAAUUAUUACAUGAUUUAUAAAUCA